AUGACCGGCCGCUCCGCCAUGGAGAGCGCAGGUGUGUAAUCCGCUCCUCCUCCGCAGAGCCGCCGUUCGCCGUCUCUCUUCGCCGCCCCCCCCAGUGCUGUUCGGCUCCGACCGAGUUCGUGUCGCCAUGAUGGCGUCUAGCUACAACGCUAAGGAGGAGGACGGCCACCACUCGGUGUCGGCAGCCUCGGGUCCGAGCGCGGGGCCGAGCGCGAAGAGCAAGAAGCCGGACAACACGGCGUUCAAGCAGCAGCGGCUGCCCGCGUGGCAGCCCAUCCUAACGGCGGGAACCGUGCUGCCCGCCUUCUUCAUCAUCGGCCUCAUCUUCAUCCCCAUCGGCAUCGGUCUCUUCGUCACUUCCAACAACAUCAGGGAGUUCGAGGUGGAUUACACCGGUGUGGACGCGUCCAGUCCCUGUUUCACCUGCUCCCAGACGUACAGCUGGAACAGCUCCAUCCCCUGCAAGUGCGCCGUGUCCUUCUCUCUGGAGCAGCCCUUCGAGAGCAAUGUAUUCAUGUACUACGGGCUGUCCAACUUCUACCAGAACCACAGGCGAUAUGUCAAGUCCAGGGAUGACAGCCAGCUGAACGGUGACAAGGCGUCUCUGAGGAACCCCAGCAAAGAGUGUGAGCCAUACCGCAGCCAUGACAACAAGCCGAUCGCCCCAUGCGGAGCGAUUGCCAACAGCCUUUUCAAUGAUACUUUGGAGCUGUUUUACAUAGAUCCCAAUGGCACUAGAACCCAGAUUCCCCUGGUGAAAAAGGGGAUUGCCUGGUGGACUGACAAACACGUUAAAUUCAGGAACCCUGGUGGCAACAACUUUAAUCUCACAGUAGUUUUCCAAGGUACAACCAAGCCUGUUAACUGGCGCAAAUAUGUUUACGAAUUGGACACGGACCCCGAAAACAAUGGCUUUGUCAAUGAAGACUUUAUUGUGUGGAUGCGGACAGCGGCGCUGCCCACUUUUCGUAAACUAUACCGCAUCAUCCAGAAGAAGAGCAACAUGACCCCAACCCUACCCAGAGGCAACUAUACACUGGAUGUCACUUACAACUACCCAGUGCGCAGCUUUGAGGGCCGUAAGCGCAUGAUCCUGAGCACCAUCUCUUGGAUGGGGGGCAAGAACCCUUUUCUGGGCAUUGCCUACAUCACUGUGGGCUCUGUCUGCUUCUUCCUGGGUGUGGUCCUGCUCAUCAUCCACCACAAGUACGGGAACCGCAACAACAGCGCCGAUAUCCCCAACUGAAGUGCUGGGGGGGAGGGGUGUCACAGAAGCGCCCACUGUUGCAUGUCAGCUGCUGCCUGCUGUUUGCGUCCUAAAACGUCCAAGCACUGCUCCUCAUGAUAUUCUGUCCUGUGUGUGUUCCGAACCAUUUGCUCAUUGUCCUUCCAGGGACGCCUCGUGUCAGUGAGGUUCUGCUAUGCAAUGGUGGAAAAGGAUGUUAUCAAACUGCUGAACUGCAGAGAUAAGCUUCAGUAGGCUGAGCUUUAAUUCUGUAGUUAUUUGUUAAGGUCAGUAUGUAGGGUAAGGGCUACAGUUCCAUUUAUUUUUUUCUCAAUUUUUCUCUAAAAGCAAAUGUAAGUAAAUGUAUUUUGAGUGGAUAUUGCUGACCAGCGUAUAUGGUGAUACCGUUGAAAGCAAGAGCGGAACUUAAAAUGUGGUAAUAUUUUAAGUUGUGACGCCAUACAAAAAUGGUUUAACAAUUGUGAAUGUACUGUUACUGUUUUAUUAUUUAAAAAAAUGUUUAUCCCCAAAGCCAGCUGUAACAGACUCUGAAGCUGAAUGUGCCACAUGUUCAGGCUGUUGGGUGACACUCGGUCACAUAUAGUCCAGCGCAUGUUUAUGAUGAUGGCAGAUUUGCUGCUCUUUCAGUAUUUAUUGAAAUGUGAAUUUUACAAUUUUAAGGUAAAAUGAAAGCAGUACAAUAUUUGAUAUUUAUAUUAUUUUGGGCUAUAAAAUAUCCUGGUGAUCCCUGGUUUUGUAUAUUUUUAAAACGUUAAGUUUGAUGUAAUUGAUAUUUGAAGUCAUAUUUUGUGAAGGGAGAAGCUGCUGAGAGAACAUUUACUCAAGCGAACUGUAAAUUGGCGGGGACCAAAUUUUCCACAUCACCUGCUUUUAAGGGAUUAUAUAUUUUUUUUUGGUUUUCUCUUGUCACCCUAGUUUAAAUCGAACACGUAUUUGUCACAGUGUAAUACUUUAAAUUGGCCAUUGUGCGUUUUAUUUUUUGUAUUUGUUUUUAGCGAUUGUU